AUGGAUGAAGGGGAGUCUCAGGAGAUCGGCUUCCUGAGGGACCUGUCGGUGGGGAUGGACACUUUCAUCCACCGCAUUGACUCCACCGAGGUCAUUUACCAGCCCCGCCGCAAGCGGGCCAAACUGGUGGGCAAGUACCUGAUGGGGGACCUCCUGGGGGAAGGCUCCUAUGGCAAAGUGAAGGAGAUGCUGGACUCGGACACCCUCUGCCGCCGAGCUGUCAAAAUCCUCAAGAAGAAGAAGUUGCGGAGGAUCCCCAAUGGGGAGGCUAAUGUCAAGAAGUGAGUGUGGCUACAGGUGACCGCAGCAUGGCUACUAAUAUGGGCCAGGCCGAGUGAAGAGCGAGUCAGCCAGAACGAGAGGGAGGGGGGGAGGGGGUUGUUAUCACUUCUUAGACACUUUUGGCUGAAUGCUUGUACGGCAACAGGAUUACACAUUCUAAAACAAGGUCUACUUUUGGGCCUCCUCUCCUUUAAACUAUCUUCUAUAGAUUUGAUUUAAAAAAACAAACCAAAAACCUCUGCUUCAUUUUAUGGGGAUUGGUGCACAUAUAUCUUCUGAUACUAACAGUAAGAGUUAGCUUAAAAUCUAGUAUCAACAGGUUGCAUACAUAUAGUUACACACAUCACAUGUUGCAUUGGCUUGUUUUAAAGAUAUAAAAAAUUGUCAUUUGUAUGACUCUUUGGAAUGCACAGUACAAUGUGUUCACAAACAUGUAUAAUACACAUUGUGUGUUAUCCAAGAAGUAAUGGAAAAAGGCAGCAUGGCUGCUGAUAUGGGCCAGGCCGAGUGAAAAGGGUGUCAGCCAGAAUAUGUUAUCACUUCUUCUCCAGGUUGGCUGAAUGUUUGUGUUGAGUCAGGCAACAUAAUUACAUAUUGAUUGUUCACUUUUAAUCCGAGAUGGUCAAUUGGUUAAUCUCUAUAAACUGUAGAUCUAAGGUCUACUUUCUUGCCUCCUCUCCCUUAUAUUGUCUUCUUAAUGCACCCAUCAUUCAAGACUUAGGUGUGCUGAGCAUACAUAAACCUUGUAUUACAGUACGAGUUACCUUAAAAUCUAGUACCAACAGGUUGCAUAUAGUUACACACAUCACACAACUUUAUACAAACAUAAAGCUUGCGCUGGCUUGUUUUUUAAAGAUUUGAAAGAGUAUAAUUUGUAUGACACCUUGGAAUGCACAGUCCAGUGUGUACACAAACACACGUAAUAUACAUUGUAAGUUGUCCACGAAUGAAUGGAAAAAGGCUUGGUAGUUACUUUUUAAUAUUGGUGUAAACAACAUCUCAUCCAUUAAGGGUUGCAAAUAUAUUUUUUAUAUAUAUAUAUAUAUAUAUAUAUAUAUAUAUAUAUAUGUGUGUGUGUGUGUGUUUUUGUUUUUAGUUUUUGCAAGGAUUGCAAAUGGUUGUACUUUGUUUUUAAAAUAAGUACAAUAUACUUGAGAGUCCAGCAAGUCUAGUAAUACAGUGAACUAAUUUGCAAGUGUAUUUGAUAAGUGCACAUAUUUGCAGUUUAUUGAUAAAAGCAAUUGCAACUUACCCUUUAUUCUAUGCUGUUUUUCUUAAUUACUUGCUUUUUAUAUAUUGACCCUCAUUUCAUAUAUUCUAUUGUAUAAGCUCCCUGCAAGAUAACGGUGUCCCUAUCUUUCACCUCAAUUUCUUUUCUGAUCUUCUUUUGCCACAAGCAACCACACACAAGGAACAUUAUGCAUUUUUUCUAGUUGUGACUUCAGCCCUCUUUUCUUGUUAGUCUUUUAGUACCCAACAUCAUCUAAAAAUGCUCAUCUUAUAUUUUUGUAGAUUUUGCACUACUAGUACGUAUCCUCUCUGUUUAUUAUGUGCAUUACACACAUGUUGGAACACUCAGACUUCAAAGCUUUUAUAUACCCAUCUGCCAGCAUCAAUAAAUUCUGUCUCUCACCACUGUAUCUUACCUGUGAUCAAAUUGUUCUGCCAUUUUUCUUCCAUCCUUUCAUAGGGAGAUCCAGCUACUAAGACGCUUGCGACAUCGGAAUGUGAUACAGUUGGUGGAUGUGUUAUGCAAUGAGGAAAAGCAAAAGAUAUAUCCUUUUCCCCAUUUCUCCCCCUUUCUAUAUAAUUGUGGCUCCACAGAGUGUUUGACAGAGUGUGCAUAUCUAUUGUAA